AUGUCAGACCCCAUCGUUCUAUACGACAUACCGCUGAACGCAAACGGGACCGCAUGGUCACCACAUACCUGGCGCACCCGGUACACCCUCAACUACAAGAACCUCGCCUACCGCACCGUCUGGGUGCCGUACACCUCGAUCGAGCCCACCAGCAAGCGCCUCGCCGCCCGCCCGACCUCCCUCUGGCCCGACGACGCCCCGCGCUACACCCUCCCCGCGAUCUUCGACCCAUCCACGAAUACGCCAAUAGCAGACUCCAUCGCGAUCGCGCGGUACCUCGACGCCCAGUACCCGCACACCCCGCGCGUCAUUCCGGAGGGCACGGAGGGCUUCCACGAGGCGUUCCUCGUUGCGCUCGACGCGGUGACGUCCCCCGCGCUGCGGAACCUCGCGAUGCCCGCGUCGUUGGUGCGCAUAGACGACGAGGCGGCGAAGGCCAAGUACAAGCGAGAUAGGGAGUGGCAGGUAGGGGGGGCGAUGGAGGAGUGGGCCCCGGAGGGUAGUGAGAAGCGCGUGGGGUUGUGGAGGGAGCUUGAGGCAGGGCUUGCGAAGGUCGCGAAGUGGUAUGAAGCUGGCGAGGACAAGGACAGGAAGUUCUUGAUGGGCGACGAUCCCGUCAUGGCAGACUUCGUUGUCGCGGGGAGGCUGAUGUGGCUGAAGGUCGUGCUAGGGGAAGAGCAUGAAGAAUGGAAGGCAGUGGAGACAUGGCACGAGGGACGUUGGGCGAAACUGUUGAAAGACCUGGAGGUGUACGCCGAGGUGAAGGUCUAA